AAGUUGCCAUAGACGCCGAGUGGAGGCGGCGGCGGCGGUGGUGGCGGCCGGGACGGGAUGGGUCUCGCUGCCCGCUGAAGGUGCAGCACAGGGCGGCUGCAGUCGGCAUGGGACUAGACGGCGGAUCACAGGAGGCUGCACUGUACCUAUGGCAGACUCGUCGAGUGACUCAGACACACAGCUUCAUAAUUUCUCCAGAAGACGAGGACCAUUGAACACAACAUCGAGGGGAAGGAGCAGAAUGCACAAUGCUGCUUCUGUCUCUGAAAAGAUUGACACAUUAACAAGCACUUUGGAGGAUACCAAUCGGGACCUAAAGAACGUUGAUCGGUUGCUGGGACGGUAUAGAGGUUACACCAAUGAACAAAUGGAGGCUGUGGCACAGCUGCGAGAUAAUUUAGAGCAAUCUAUCGACGAACUCCGAAGCCAGCGAAUGAGCAGAAGUGCUGGAAUAUCUCCUCUUCGGACAAGUGAUCUGCACGGUGACUCAACAUCGGGUCGUCGAUACCGCCCAACCUCACCCCUCAGGGACCCUGGAAGUUACACAAAAACAGCUAUCAGAAGGUCGAGAUCUGCUUCUGUGAGAUUUGUAGAUGACACUGAGCCAUCAAAUCAGGUGCACAGUUUGCAUCAGUCCCUAAGAGACCUCAGCAGUGAUCAGCUACGCCUUGGAGAUGAAGUUGACCAGGAAAUAACCAGGAGAAAUAGGAACGAUAAGGAAACUAGGAAUUCUAUCGAUUCAUUGUCAGGGAGAAUCCGAGAGGUGUCCAGAACAGAGACCGUUUCCGAACGAGUUGAAAGGCGCCUUCAAGAAAUUGAAAAGGAAAUGAGAACUGAACGACAGUUAGCGGAACAUCGCCAGGAUAAGCUGGGACUGAUGGCAGUGCAACUGCAAGAGGAGAUAAGGAAACGGGAUAAGAUCGAGGAAGUGGAAGGGAUGAAGAGUAAACUUUCAAAAUCCGAAGAAGAAAAGUUCCUGAUUGAGCACGAGCUCAGCCGCACACGACGAAGGCUGGAUCAAUCAGAAGGAAGUCGGGAAAUGCUGGCCAGUCAGAUAGAUGAUUUGCGCUCUCAGCUGUUACGGACGGAACAGGAGCGGGCAACUUUGCAACACAGGAUUUUGCAACCACAGCAGAAAAGUCAUCGCGAAGCGGAGGAGGAUGAUAGACUGGUUCAAGCAGUGGCCGCGAGAGCGGAGCUUGAGAAGCAGUUGCUGGAGAAACAGGUUGUAGAGCUCAGGGCACAGCUGAACCAAGAUGCUACCCGGUCUGAAAUGGGGGAGCUGAAGCGAUCACUUGAGAGGAAAGAGAAAGAGAAAAUGGAACUCUCUGCACAUAUCGAGGUUCUCAACUCAGACCUGGAGAAAAGAGAGAAGCAGCAACUGAGGAUGUUGAGCCAACUUCAGGAAAUCCAGAGAAGUUAUGAUGACUGCGUGCAAGAUCGUCAAUCCACGAGGUUGGAAAUUGCGAAUUUAUCCCGGCAACUGAAAGAGUCGAGCGCUGGAGCCGAGACGCUCAGGGCUCAGUUGAAGGAGAUGGAGCGCCUUCGACUGGAGAGUGAAAAGAAGAAGGAUGAAUUGAAAGCGAAGGCUCAGGAGUCCAUCCGACAGUGGAAGGUGAAGUGCAAGAAGCUGGAGCGUGACGUGGAGAGGCAGAAGGAGUCCGUCGACCAGUGGAUGGAACAGCAGAGCUACGCGAGCAAGGAGAAAGAAGCCCUCCAGGGGCAACAUGAGUGUACCUUGCAGCAGGCGGAGAGUCUCCGUAGGGAGCUCAAUGAGGUCUUGCUGAAACGAGUGCAGCAGGAGGAGGAUGUGCGACGGAAGGACGUGGAGCUCAAUGAGUUGAAGUCAAGGCUGCUCCACCUGGACGGGGAGCUGCGGGACACCAAAGACUCUCUGCGCAAGCUGGAGGCGGACUUCCAUGAGCGGGGCACGCUACACGUGAAGGUCAAAGGGGAGAGGCAGCGGCUGGAGGAGGAAUUGGAGGCCUUGAGCGGGCAGCACGAAAGGAACCAGGAGAAGCUGUUGGAAAUGCAGCGGUUGAUCACGGAGCUGAGUGCCGUCCGGUCUGAGCUCAGUACCAAGCUGGCUCAGGAAGAGGCUUCAAAAAAGGAGAUCAGGAAGAGCCUCUCGGAAGCUCAGGCAAGGCACACGCUGGCCCAAGAAGAAGUUGCUUCCCUCAGCGACCAGUUCAAGCUGCAAAAGGACGCUCACAGGAGGGAACUUGUGGACUUCAAGUCAGAGAUGCAGAGUUUAAGAACCAAGCAUGAAAGGAACAUGCAGUCAGUAAUCAAGCAAUUUCAAGAAGAACGGGAAAAACUAGAAAAUAAUGUCAGCUUGUUAAAGGCCGAACAAGCGGAUGAGAAGAAUUUUGCAAAAGCCCAGCGACGGCAGGUGGAAAAGAUGAAAACCGAAUGUGAUAAGCUAGCCGAAGAGCUGAUUCAGGGCGAGGCAGAAAAUACUAAACUCAGGAGGAAAUACCUGGUGCUGAAGCAAGAGCUGGAAGCAAAGGGUAAGCUGGCAGUGAACGGUGAAGAGUGUGCAAGGCAACUGGAAGAAAUGACGUUUCAGCUAAAAGACCAGGUCACCAAAGUGCAGACGGAGCAAGAGAUGAUCCUUUGUUGUGUAGGAAAAGAGAUUGAGGCUGCUUGUGAUUUCCUCUCCAGAGACGCUGGCGACAAAUUUAAAGCAAUAACGUUUACACCUGGAUUAGAAAAUGAUCCCCAUCGCUGGCUGGCUGAAAUGAAAACCAAGCUGCAGUGGCUGUGCGAGGAAGUGAAAGAGCGAGGGGGACGUGAGCUGAAGUUGCGUUCGCACCUCCGGCAGUGUCGAACCCAGCUGAAAGAUCUCGCGCAGAGCAAGGAGUCGGAGUCCGAGCUUUUCAUCGAGCAAAUAACAAAGCAGGAGCACCUCCUGGAGGAAAUUCACCGGGAAAAAAGAGAGUUACUGCAAAAAACGUGUCGGCAGGAUGAAGAGAUGAGAGCAUUGCAGGGACGAUACAAUGAUCGGAUCGCAGAUUUAGAAGCAAGCACUCAAUUGGCAUUGGAUCAUCUUGAAUCAGUACCAGAGAGGCUGAGUGUGCUGGAUGACAUCCGCGAUCCGGAGGAUUCCCAACAUCACCGGGACAUGAUUGAAGAACGAUACACAAAGUACAAAGAGAUCGUGAGAUCCCUGCAACAGCAGCUGCAAGACUCAACAAGGAGAAUCCAGGCGCACCAGGUGGACGCGUUGGAUGUGAGCUUGGGGAGCGAGCAGAUGGAUGACGCAUGUGCCUCGUACAGUGACCAGAACAGAUUCCUUUCCAGCAGCUUCACUGCAGAAACUUGCUCACCAAGCGGCAGCCGCAGGUGGAGAAACCAGCCGCCCGGACGCCCAGAGACCAGCGACAGGCAGGGCUUCGGCGGGACCACUGAUGGAGGAAAGUCUCUCGCCGAAAAAGACAAGUGUUAGGCCCGGAAAACCAAGCGACGACCCGAUGGAUUUUUUGUUUCCCAGCCGCUUUAAUGGAGGCCCGCUUACCUCUUUCGUCAAGAGUAACUCAACGGGACAGGCAGCACCUCUGGAGAGAAGGAAUCGGGUUGACGUUUCGGGUCGAGUCCCUUCGUCAGGCUGAGAGUCAGGGGGGGAGAGACAUUGAUAGCACUUGGAAACUUAAAUGAAUGGAAGAUUUGCAGAAAGUUACGAUAAUCAAGGAUAAUGUAGAGCCCACAAGGGUCCAUUGUUGGCUGUGGGGUAGGUGAUAACGAGUUAUACAGACUGUGGAACUCAACAAGACGACAGUGAAACUAGUACGAUGACUAGGGUGGGGGAGGGGAUGGAGAGAGGCGGGGCGCAAGGGCUACUUGAAGUUAGAGAAGUCAACGUUCAUACCGCUGGGGUGUAAGCUGCCAGAGCGAAAUAUGAGGUGCUGCUCCUCCAAUUUGCGUGUGGCCUCACUCGGACAGUGCAGGAGGCCCAGGACAGCAAUGUCAGUGUGGGAAUGGGAGGGGAGUUAGGAUGUUUGGCAACCGGGAGAUCAUGUGGGCGGAGGUGGACUGAACGAAGGUGUUCGGCCAAAAACGAUCGCCGAGUCUGCGCUUGGUCUUUCUGCUGGGUGGGCCAUGAGGUGACAUGGUCAUACGUGAUAGAAGCAAAAUUAGGCCAAUCGGCCCAUCAAGUCUACUCCGCCAUUCAAUCAUGGCUGAGCUAUCUCUCCCUCCUAACCCCAUUCUCCUGCCUUCUCCCCUUAACCCCGGGCACCUGUACUAAUCAAGAAUCUAUCGAUCUCUGCCUUAAAAAUGUCCACUGACUUGUCCUCCACAGCCUCCUGUGACAAAGAAUUCCACAGAUUCACCACCCUCUGACUAAAGACAUUUCUCCUCAUCUCCUUACUAAAGGAACGUCCUUUAAUUCUGAGGCUGUGACCUCUAGUCCUAGACUCUCCCAAACAUCCUCUCCACAUCCACUCUAUCCAAACCUUUCACUAUUCUGUAUGUUUCAAUGAGGUCCCCCCCCCACCCCCCUCAUUCUUCUGAACUCCAGCGAGUACAGGCCCAGUGCCGUCAAACGCUCAUCAUAGGUUAACCCACUCAUUCCUGGGAUCACUCUUGUAAACCCUCUCCAGAGCCAGCACAUGUCUGUGGAAUUCUCUGCCUCAGAGGGCAGUGCAGGUUCUCUGGAUGCUUUCAAGAGAGAGCUAGAUAGGGGUCUUAAAAAUAGCAGCGUCAGGGGGAUAUGGGGAGAAGGCAGGAACGGGGUACUGAUUGGGGAUGAUCAGCCAUGAUCACAUUGAAUGGUGGUGCUGGCUUGAAGAGCCGAAUGGCCUACUCCUGCACCUAUUGUCUAUUGUCUAUUGAUAUGGUGCCCAGAAUUUCGUAUAUAGCCUCAGCAUUACAUCCCUGUUUUUGUAUUCUUUUGUAUUCAAUUGUGUAUAUUGAGCGGCUACGAGGAUCGCUGCCAUCUAUUUUACACAGAAUCCAGCAGUGGGCAUCAGGAGCCUCCACAAAGCACAUUCUUCCCAAUUUAUUUCCUUUUGUGUUGACCAACAUGAGAAAUGCUUGCCAGCAUUAUUGCAGCAGGGGACAAUAUUCUGCACUCGCCUGCCCUCCGCAAGCUGUUGAAGCUUAAAUUGGCACAGUUGUUGAGCCCAGCGGCUUCCAGCCUCAAUGAGGAACGUGUUUCCUAAAUAAUAGCCGGAGGCUCCAGGCUUCACCCCUUUCUACACGAUUCUUCAAUGCGAUUUAACAGCAGGUAAUGUGUGAUAAAGCUCUGCGCCCCAGCAUCUGAUUUACCUCUUUCACUGAAGAUAAUGCAAGUGCCCAGGGGAAGGAUGAAGAGGUUCCCGUUGAUAACAGCGCAUCGCUUGCUCAUCGCAACAAACGCCUGGAGUUAAACUAGACUCCCAUUGUAAGUCCAGCAACACCAGGCCCAAUCUUUCAAAUGUUUGCCUCUUAGAACGUCAGGCCGAGCAUCUUAGUUCAGGGCCAGUCCCACUUUCCCGACCUAAUUCACAUCCUUGUUUACUCGUGGACAUUUUUCAUCAGGCUAGAAAAAAUGCCCCGACCUACUUGAUGCCACGAGUACCUACGUCCAGCAUCAUGGCCCGCUACGACCUACCUACGACCUCGUGACGACCAUGCUGCGAGUAUGAGUCAAGGGUAAACUCAGCAGAGGUCGUGAAUUUGGUUGCGAAAGCAGGACAGGCCCUUUAGGAGACCCUGGUUCCAUCCUGACCGCGGGUGCUGUCUGUACGGAGUUUGCACGUUCUCCACGUGACCUGCGUGGGUUUUUCUCCGGGAGCUCCGGUUUCCUCCCAUUCUCCAAAGGCCUGCAGGUCUGUAGGUGAACUGGCUUUGGUAAAAUUGAUUCAAAAAAUGUCCCAGUGUGUGUGUGUGUGUGUGUAGGGUAGUGUUAGUGUGCGGGGAUCGCUGGUCUGCACAGAUCCGGUGGGGCCGAAGGGUCUGUUCCGCGCUGUGCCUGUAAACAAAAACUAGACAUCGAACAAUACAGCACAGGAACAAGCUCUUUGGCCCACAACGUCUGUGCUGAACAUGAUGCCAUGGGAUCAUGAGGUUAUUUUUUAAACAAAGACUGAAUACGUGGAUGUGGGCAGAGACUAAACAUUCUGCUGCUUUGCACUCAAGAUGGACACUAAAUACUCGAGUAACUGCAGCAUCUCGGAGAGAAGGAAUGGGUGACGUUUCAUAGAAACAUAGAAAAUAGGUGCAGGAGUCAAUAGACAAUAGGUGCAGGAGUAGGCCAUUCGGCCCUUCGAGCCAGCACCGCCAUUUAAUGUGAUCAUGGCUGAUCAUCCCCAAUCAGUUCCCUGUUCCUACCUUCUACCCAUAUCCCCUGGCUCCGCUAUCUUUAAGAACCCUAUUUAGCUCUCUCUUGAAAGUAUCCAGAGAACAGGCCUCCACCGCAUUCUGAGGCAGAAAAUUCCACAGACUCACAACUCUCUGUGAGAAAAAGUGUUUCCUCGUCUCCGUUCUAAAUGGCUUUACCCCUUAUUCUUAAACUGUGGCCCCUAGUUCUGGACUCCCCCUACAUUGGGAAAAUGCUUCCUGCCUCUAGCGUGUCCAAACCCUUAACAAUCAUAUAUGUUUCAAUGAGAUAUCCUCUCAUCCUUCUAAACUCCAGAGUGUACAAGCCCACAAGCUCCAUUCUCUCAGCAUAUCACAGUCCCACCAAGUCGGGUCGGGGUGAAGCCUGAAAAAGGGUCUUGAUGCAUUCUCUUUCUCCAGAGAUGCUGCCCGUCCCGCUGAGUUACUCCAGCAUUUGUGUCUAUCUUCGGUGUAAACCAGCAUCUGCAAUUCCUUCCUGUACAUUCUGUUGAUUUGCAUUGGGGGGGGGAGGGGGG